AGCAGAGCAAGAAGGGAAAGAACAGCCGAAGUUCCAGCCGGGUUCACAAAGGGGAAGAAGAAGCAGAUACGACUAAAGAUGAAUGUGUCAACGUCAACGGCCGGUGUGAGAAGACGGACUGCGCGCGGGAAUCUGGACGAAGAAGAGAACGCUGCUACGUUAAACCUUGGGCCAGAGUUCGACAUCCACCAGAUCGGACACGACGGCGAGGUUUCCGAUCUGAUUGCGUUGAACUUGAGCGAGGCACGUAUUCUCAUCAGAAGUGCGCUCAAGAUGCGUAAGAAGGUUAUGACGCCGAACGGUGAGUUCAAAGACACCGCGGAUGUUGACAUGGACGACCUGGACGAUGACGACGGCAACGACGAGGACAACAACGAAAUCGCCAAAGCGGCGAUUGCCGUUGGGGCAAACGAGGUGCUGAAGAAGACGCUGGACUAUCUCAGCGCGUUCUCAAGAUUCAGGGAUACUGAGACAGUCGCCGCCGUGGAGGCGCUGCUGAAGGCCCCAGAGAACUCAGAUCUACACCCCUUCGAGGUUGCACAGCUGGGCUCGCUGGCGUGCGACGACGUUGACGAGGCCAAGACGCUGAUACCAAGCUUGGCCAACAAGAAGUCCGACGAUGAACUCAAGACGAUCUUGAACCAGCUGUCGAGACUGGAAACUCCAUACUAAUGUACUACUACUACUAUCACCACCACCAGUCUUCCAAGCAGGCGCUGUAUUUUCGAGUAUGAUUCAUUAGCGUUAGAUAACCCCCUUGUCCUUCAGAAAGGUCUUACCACCAACUUUCCACCAUAUUGGAACACAGCUGUGUGGCAGCACAUCAAUGACAGACUCAUCCGAACAAUCACAGAUACAUCGCUUGGACUUCCUGAUCCCAGUGCUCGAAGGACAGUUGGCGAACGGG